AUGCGUUGGUGUGAAGAAAAAGAAGAAGGUGAAAUUGUUGUUGGUGGGAAUGGUAAAGGAAAUCAAUCAAAUCAAUUGAAUUAUCCCCGUGAAUCAAAAUUUAACAAAUGGAAACAAAAUGCCAUCACUGUGGCUGGUGGAAAUGAAAAAGGACAAAACCUAAAUCAACUCGAUCACCCUUCUCGAAUCUUUAUCGAUAAAAAGAAAAAUAUUUUCAUUGCUGAUAGCUGGAAUGCUCGCAUUGUUGAAUGGAAACAUAAUGCAAAAGAAGGACAAAUCAUUGCAGGUGGAAAUGGACAAGGAAAUCGAAUGGAUCAAUUGAAUGAUCCAAAAGAUGUGGUUGUUGAUCAACAAAACAAUUCGAUCAUCAUUGCUGAUUAUGCGAACAGACGAGUGAUUCAAUGGAUGAAUCAAAAACAACAAAUUCUCAUUAAGAAUAUCUUUUGUUAUGGUUUGGCAAUGGACAGGUAUGGAUUUCUUUAUGUUUCUGAUCUUUUGAAGAAUGAAGUGAGACGAUGGAAAAUGGGAGAAUACAACAAUGAAGGAAAGAUAGUGGCAGGUGGAAAUGGAAAAGGUGAUCAACUUAAUCAACUCAACCAUCCUACUUUUAUUUUUGUUGAUGAAGAGCAAUCUGUUUAUGUAUCAGAUAGACAUAAUAAUCG